GAGGCUGAGAUGCGCGCACAGGACGAGGGGAUCAGCGCCGUUGCCGCUGCGCUGUGCUGGAAGAAGGUCGGGCAGAAGGAUGCUGUGGCCGUGUGGCAGAAACGAGCGGAUGACUCGUGCUUUGCUGGGAAGAAGGGGGAGGAGAGGAGGAGGAGGUUGGCUUGCGCAGGUGGACGAAGCGAGUGGCCUGGUACAAGGAGGCGGUUCUCCCGGCUCUCGGCCAGGGAAGAUACCGCAACGUAAUGGACAUGAAUGCAGGAGCCGGGUCCU